CGUAAAAAUAUUUUGUAUUGCAUUUUUGUUGUAAGCAUAGUUGACUUUUGAAAAUGAAUGACUUUGGAUUCAUCGAUUACAAAAAGCCAAGUGAUGAGUGUAAGGACGACAUGCGUACCUCCACCUAUCGGAGUCAUGUCUACAUGACUGACACGAUGAUGGGGAACCAUAUGCAUGCUAAAUUCAAAGAACCUAAACCGUAUAGCAUAGACCCCACCUUAGAGAAACUGCGCACCAGCGACUACAAAGCCAAUUAUACAUGGAAAUAUGAUGACCCAAAUAAAGUGAUUAAUCCCUCGCUCGGUCCAAAAGUGCAACUAAUGAAGAAUUACGAAGAUCGACGUCUACGUUUCAUCAGUCGUCCAAUGCGACCAGCCUGCAGCACCAUGCACCAGGAUUUCCUUUGGAAUCCGCAAGCAGCACCUGCACCACCUACGCCUAUAGCUUUACCCUCCCCUGUGGCUGCUUCUAAAGUCGUCAUUAAUCGCGCUAAACCGAGCUACUCAAAAUUACUCGAUCCGGCAGCAACCACUUCACGCCUCUCCUUUGUCCAUUACACACCCGCUGAGUUGAUGGGAAGCGUGGCGCGACAUGACAAUAUAACAUUUUGGAAUUGGCCUAAAUAUAAUACACAAAUCAAGCGUGUUUUCCCCGGACGCGAUGACACGCAAUGUGAUGACAAAGCUGCAAAGGAAUGCCCAAAACGCCAUUGUGAGUUCCCCAGCUUGGUGCAACAUGUACCCAACUCUGGCAUGACAACGGAGGUGCGUGCCAAUUAUAUUGAGCCAAUUAAACGUACCAUCGACUUUGAAACGGCGCACAUACACAAUCGUUUGGUAUACGAGCCAGUAACACCGUUAUCGAAAGAAACCGAAUACAAAGUGUACGGUUCCGGCGAGCGAACGCUGAAAUAUGUCUAAAAAAUCGAACUCUUAUUCAAAUA